AUGAGUCAUACACUUCCUCUCCUUCUCUCCCCCACCUUCUUCUUUUCCCCUUCUUUCUCUCUCUCCCUCACGCGAAAGUGGGCGGUAUUUUCUUCUUUCUUGUUACACUCUAUUUAUCAUUUUUUUUAUCUCCCCCGCCACCUCUACGUCAUUUGUUUUUACCAUAUCUACCCCUUGAUAUUUUUUCUUCGAUUUUCUCUUUCCCCUAAUCGCUUUCGGUUAUACGAUAUCUUGGAACACUCGCGCGCAAUUUCUUUUUAUUUUAUACAAAUCUUCCUGUCUUUCCUUUCCUCCUUCGUUUCCUCCGUUUUUUCUCCCUCGUAUCUCUUUCUUUUCUUUCUCUUUUCUUUCUUGUGUUUUACUCUUUCUCUCCCCUACACAUCUUCAUUUGGUUUCUUUUAUUUUUAUCUUUUUUCCAUUCGCUUUCCUUUUUUUCUCUUUCCUUUUUCUCUCUUUCUCGUUCCUUUUACUCUCGCUUUCCUCUUCUCUUUCUCUUUCCUUUUUCACUCUUUCUGUUUCUUUUUUCUCUCAUUCUCUUUCCUUUUACUCUCUCUUUUCUCUUCUCUUUCCUUUUUGCUCCCUUUCUCUUUCCUUUUUCACGCUUUCUCUUUCUCGCUUUCUCUUUUCUUUCCUUUUCCUUAUAUGAUCUUUUUUUUUCUUUUCUCACCUGCGCCUCAUUCUCUAUCUUUUUUCUUCUCUCCAACUCUUUUGUCUUUGAAUCUCUGUCUUUUUUUGCCUCUAUGCAUUUUUAUUUCUUUUUUGCCUCCAUGCAUUUUUAUUUCUUUUUUGCCUCUAUGCAUUUUUCUUAAUAUUUUUUCUAUGCCUAUUUUCGUUCUUUGCCUCUAUGGCUUUUUUUUUCUUCGUCUAUAUGCCUUUCUUCUUUCUUUCUUUUUUUGCCUCUAUAUCUUUUUCUUUCUUUUUUUUACCUCUAUAUCUUUUUCUUUCUUUUUUUUUUCCUCUAUAUCUUUUUCUUUCUUUCUUUUUUUUCCUCUAUAUCUUUUUCUUUCUUUUUUUUUUUUCCUAUAUCUUUUUCUUUCUUUUUUUUUUCCUCUAUAUCUUUUUCUUUCUUUUUUUGCCUCUAUAUCUUUUUCUUUCUUUUUUUUUACCUCUAUAUCUUUUUCUUUCUUUUUUUUUUACCUCUAUAUCUUUCCUUUUUCUUUCUUUCUUUACCUCUACACCCUUAUUUUCUUUUUUUUUCUUUCUUUCUUUCUUUCUUUCUUUCUUUGCCUCGGUGCCGUCUUUCCUUUUCCUUCAGCCGCGCGCGAGAGACAGCGAGCCAGAUGGGUAGCACGCUGGCUGGCUGCCGCCGCCGAAGCCCCGUCGCUGGUCGUGGUGGUCGUGCGGCAGCAGAGCCGGCGGCGUCGACCGAGGGAUGAAAGAGUCAGUCGGCGCGGUUCGGGCGCGCAACAGCCGGACCGACCGAAGGCUUCGUCAGUCUUCAUCGCCGAAUGCGCGUCGUGCGCCUAG